AUGUUGAACAGGGCUUCCCAGAAAUUCCAGGACGCUGCCCCGACGUCGCGGCCGCGUCCAGCCUUGGCCAAGCAGCUCUUUCCGUCAAGCAGUCCCGGUUCUUCUAUUGGCGACAUUCGAGACCAGCUCAAGAAGCCAAUAUCGAGUAGCUCUGCGGCUGCAUCUGCAUCUGUGUCGGCGAGGACUGCACUAGACAAUCGAUCAGUCAAUCUGGCACAAAAUGGUCCCGGUCGAGCAGCCACGUCUAACCGCUCAAUAGCUUCGCUAUACUCGGCCCACUCAGAUUCUUUCAAAACAGAACCGGCCUGUAUCGACCUCACGGCAACCGAUUGUCCCGCUGCGAAGAAGGUGCACGAGCCUGUUUAUUUUGUGGAAGAAGACUUCAGCGACGACGAUGCCCUUGACCUUGAUUUUGAGGCGCCCCAGGCCCUCCCACGGCAGCUGAUACCACCUGCAAUGCAAGAUUUGCCUCCAGCUACGCCGGCUCAAAAGGAGACAGUGAUUCCGUGGUCCUCCUCGCCAGCAUCGCACUUUUUGCCGCCAAAUCCGCACCGGGCAUUAUCGGUUACCUCCAACACAUCUCAAACUCCCUUGAAGCGAGAGUCAUCUGGCGAUGCCGAGAUGAUAGAUCCUCCAAUACAAAAGAAGGCAAAGAAGAGGGUUCUGCCUGCUAGUUUCCAUAGGGAUGCCGAAGCUGAAGAGCACGACGGCAGUUUGAAAACGCCAGCGCAAAAGACGAAAGCUCUUUGGGAUUCAAGUGCUAGCGCCAUAAAAGAACAGAAGAAACUACUGAAAACUCACAGAAACUCUCGUAACUCUGACCUUGAGCAAGAUGUUGUCCCAGAGACCAUGCAUGAUGUUGAAGAAAAGGCAUCCAAAUCCGUUGCCAUUUCUCUUAGCAGUGAACAAGCACACGUGGUUGACAUGGUGGUGAACCAAAACCAAAGCGUCUUCUUUACUGGUCCCGCUGGUACGGGAAAGUCUGUUCUUAUGCGAGCCAUUAUCAGCGAGUUGAAAAAAAAGUACGCGAGAGACUCGGAGCGAAUUGCGGUCACCGCCUCGACCGGUCUUGCCGCGUGCAACAUUGGGGGCAUAACCCUUCACAGCUUUGCUGGCAUCGGCUUGGGCAAAGAAGCACCCCCGGCUCUAGUCAAAAAGAUUCGGAGAAACCCCAAAGCCAAAAAUCGAUGGCUUCGGACAAAAUGCCUCAUCAUUGAUGAGAUAUCCAUGGUUGAUGGAGACUUGUUUGAUAAGCUCUCCCAAGUUGGGCGCACAAUCCGUAACAACGGCCGCCCCUGGGGAGGGAUACAGCUGGUCAUUACUGGAGAUUUUUUCCAGCUCCCUCCGGUUCCAGAUGCAGAUAAGCGCGAUUCCAAAUUCGCCUUUGAUGCCGCAACAUGGAGCACAUCAAUAGACCACACCAUUGGAUUGACGCAAGUUUUCCGCCAGCGCGAUCCGGAGUUUGCUCGCAUGCUCAACGAAAUUCGAAUCGGCAAAAUCAGUGAUCAUACUGUGCAGGCGUUCAAGGCACUCUCCAGGCCUCUCAAAUUUGAAGAUGGUGUGGAUCUUGCUGAAUUAUAUCCGACACGUGCGCAGGUUGAAGGCUCCAACGAAAAGAGGCUCCGCGAGCUCCCAGGCAAAAUUCACCGGUACGAGGCCCUAGACACUGGUGACCCAGCGGUUCGAGACAAGCUACUCAUGAACAUGAUGGCUCCAAAGGCUAUCGAGUUGAAAAUUGGCGCCCAGGUGAUGCUCAUCAAAAAUUUGGAUGAGUCCUUGGUGAACGGAUCACUGGGCAAAGUGAUUGCGUUUUCUGACGAAAAGACAUUUGAAAUGGGUGGUAACAACGCCUUCGAUGAAAUGACGGGCGACUCAAUGGCCAAGGCUAGGCGAAAAUUACAACCAUUCAGCCGUGACUCUGGUACGGACUCAAGCAGCCAACAAUAUCCAGUAGUACAAUUCAUCUCCACGGGAGGUGUCCCGCGCGUCAUUCUCUGCCAGCCGGAGGAGUGGACAGUCGAGCUACCAAACGGUGAGAUUCAAGCAAAACGAAAUCAGUUGCCUCUUAUCCUGGCUUGGGCGCUGUCCAUUCAUAAGGCUCAAGGCCAAACGCUGGAACGAGUGACUGUUAAUCUUGGAAAAGUGUUUGAAAAGGGCCAGGCAUAUGUAGCCCUGAGUCGAGCUACCAGCCAGCAUGGACUUCGCGUGUUGGGUUUUGAGCGAUCAAAAGUAAUGGCACAUCCAAGAGUCGUUGAAUUUUAUAGCAAGCUGUCUUCGGUGGACGACUCUGGGCCCAGAAUGCCGCAGUCGAUUGCUGAAUUUAUUGCAUGUAGGAAAGGCACAACAACAAGUCGACCAAAUGGCAACGCUGGCAGUGCAAGGGAACGGGGACAUAUAGACUUGGACGAGGAGGAAGAAGCAAUGGCAUCAUAUGGGUAUUGA